ACCGCAUCCGUCAAUAUUGUAGCCUGCGUCAGACUAACGAUCAUGGGCACUAACAAGAGAAUAGAGUGUGUGUUUUUUAGUGAAUUUCAUCCAACUCUUGGACCUAAAAUUACCUAUCAGGUUCCUGAAGAAUAUAUAUCAAGGGAGUUGUUUGAUACAGUGCAGGUUUACAUUAUCACCAAACCCGAGCUACAGAAUAAACUCAUUACAGUGACUGCAAUGGAUAAGAAGCUCAUUGGAUGUCCGGUGUGCAUAGAGCAUAAAAAAUACAGUCGUAACGCCUUACUCUUCAACUUGGGUUUUGUGUGUGAUGCUCAGACGAAGACAUGUGCCCUUGAGCCCAUAGUGAAGAAACUCUCACAAUACCUCACGACUCUGGAGCUGGAAAGUGGCUUUAUUUCAAAUGAGGAGAGUAAACAGAAGCUGUUGCCCAUCAUGUCGACAUUACUUGAGGAGCUCAAUGCCACAGGAGCCUGCACUCUCCCUAUUGAUGAGUCAAAUACGAUUCACCUGAAGCUGAUAGAGCAGAGGAAAGAUCCCCUCAUCGUUCAGGAGUAUGACGUUCCGGUCUUCACUCAAACCAAGGAACGUUAUAUCAAAUCACAGUGGGAUCUCACCACACAGCAGAUUCUGCCUUACAUUGAUGGAUAUCGACAUAUACAGAAGAUUUCAGCUGAAGCUGAUGUUGAGUUGAACUUAGUACGAAUUGCCAUACAGAACUUACUGUAUUAUGGAGUUGUAACACUAGUGUCAAUAUUUCAGUAUUCUAACGUUUACUGCCCAACCCCUAAAGUCCAGAGCCUGAUAGACGACAAAGCUGUUCAAGAAGAAUGCCUUCAUUAUGUCAAUAAACCUGGACAGCGAGUGAGCCUCCGAGAUGUUUUCCAGCUUUAUUGUGGUUUAACACCAGGAACUACAGUGCGUGACUUAUGUUCCCGUUAUGCUCAGCAACUACAACGGGUAGAUGAGAGAAAGCUGAUCCAGUUUGGUUUAAUGAAGGGCCUGAUUCGCCGGUUGCAGAAAUAUCCAGUUAAAAUUGUUCGGGAUGAGAGGAGUCAUCCUCCAAAACUUUAUACUGGUUGCCACAGUUAUGAUGAGAUCUGCUGCAAAACUGGAAUGAGUUACAAGGAGCUGGAUGAGCGAUUAGAAAAUGACCCUAAUAUUACCAUCUGCUGGAAGUGAUGCAAUAUUGAAUAUGGAUUUGUGGAGUGAGUUAUCUGAUGAAGUAGACCCACAUACGCAGUCGUGCUGUAAGGAACUCAGUGGGACCACAGCCUGAAACGCACAUGGGUUCUGACCCAAAAUCCAAGAAUGUAUAAAGUCAGCACCAGAAUUAUUGCCACCCUUGGAAAAGUUGGGCAGAAAUGUUCCUGGAAGGAAAAAUAGUUUUGUCAUUUAUUAACUUAAUCUCACACUGAUAUCUGAGAGAAAUGUAAUCUUUAUUAUAUACAGUGUUUAACAAAACCACAACUACUCCGGCUCCUAGAUUUUUUUAAGUUUACCAAAGAGUUUAAAAACAAUUUUUUAAAAUGUUUGUUAAAAACAGAAACUUUGUGUACCUUGCUUCAAUUUAUUCAAAAAUACUGUAUCUGCAAAAAAGAACAGAUUGCAGUUGCACACUAGGUUUAUUCUUCUAUGUACACACUCACUGAGCACUUUAUUAGAAACAUCUCAUUGACUUUGACUAUGGCAUGGUGGUUGACCUUAGACAGGGUGGUUGGAGUAUUUUAAAAACUGAUGAUCUCCUGGGGUUUUCACACACAACAAACUUUAGAGUUCAUUCAGAAUGCUCUGGGGGGAAAAAACCCUAAAAUAUGUUAGAGCUCUUUUUGUGGAAAUGUUAAUGAGAGAGGUCAGAGCAAAAUGGCCAGAUCCCAAUGAGGACUUCUGCUGUCGUACCCCAAAUCAAGGUUUGAUGUUUUAUGUGUUACACAGUUAUAAAGAGUGAUUAUUUGAGUUAAUAUAUCCUAAUAUUUGGAUUGAACCGAUCUGGAUUUUUUUUCCUGAGACCUAUCAGAUAAACAAGGCAAAGCUGCCAAAAGAGCAGUCAUUCACUUGAUGUUUUUUGUUUUUGCACAUUUUGUAUAAAGUUUAAUUCACAUUCUUAAUAGAAAAUUGUUGUACUCAUUUCUAAUUGCAUUAUAGUCACCCUUGGAGUAAACUUUUGUUUUCAAAUAAAUUUCUCCUGUGAGUAGUUUUCAGACUUUUUAGGGAUGAUGUGUGUGUGCAUGUUUAAAGCCAUUACCUUAUACUUCCUGGAAAAGCAACUUGCUUUUGGAAUAAAAUAUUCUAGUACUUCAAGGA